AUGGCUACAAUGCUUGAGCAUUCGAGUACCAUAAAAUCUUUAGAACCAGACACGCAAUUCGUGAUUCCGGCAGCUACGGUCUGGUCGAACCCUUCCCACAUCACUUGCAAAGGAGAUGAUUUCCCUCCCGAAGAUUUGCGCACCAAACAAGGCAGCGAAAAGACAGCCAACCUCCUAUUAAAUCAAGAAUUAAGGCCACAGGUGGAGCCUAAAAGCCGGCCGCGGCGUGGCUCGAAAAUUCAGCCUUCCCAAGACGCUGUCAGCCCAGAGAGGGCCCGGUAUCUCGAACGCAACCGCAUUGCUGCGAACAAAUGCCGCUUAAAGAAGAAGCAAGAGCGUGAGGAAAUCCAGCGUAUGCUACAAAAAGAGACGGCCAAGCGGAACGCACUCCUAGCUGAGGUCAAAAAAUUGAAGGAGGAGACCUGGCGGCUCAAAAACGGGGUCUUUGCGCACGCGAAAUGCGGGGACCAUCGGAUCAACCUACAGCUCACAAAAAUGACACAACAACUACUCGAGAAGAGCUCGUUACUGUGUCCGUCUGUUUUGGAUAUUACGUUUUCCGAUACGUCGGACGGGGGAAUGAAAACAGACGAGGAGGGGUUGAAAACAAACCUGUCUACAGUCUCUCCGGCGUCUUCGGUGGAUGACACAGCGACUUGUGCCGAAAUCUUCAAUUGUUACAUUGAUCUACCUAACAUGUAA